CUUAGCUCGCGGCGGCGAUGGAGGAAUGAACAUUCUGAUCGAUCUUCAGUCCCAAAAUUCGUUCUCCGGCAGCCAGUCUCCUUCGUUUUUGUCUGACUGCUUUCCGCUUCCGCCGAUUCAAUGCUUGGGGUUGGGAGAUCGCUUGCCGAUGUCAGCCAACGCCUCCUUCGUAACGUAGCGUUACGAUGUCAGCAAGUCCAAUGCCUUCGUGUUGGCAAUUCUGAGAUUCCGAAUCACAAGAGGCUGCAAAUUUCUCUUCAGUACAUCCAUGGAAUUGGCCGCAGUAGGGCUCAUCAGAUUCUGGUGGACUUGAGUAUUCAGAACAAGCUUACCAAGGACUUGACCGGUGUCGAACUUAAUGCACUCAAGGAGGAAGUCUCUAAGUACUUGACAGGAGGAGAUCUAAAACGAUGUGUUAGUGGUGAUGUGCAAAAGUUGAUAGACAGUCAAUGCUACAGAGGGAUCAGACACGUCGAUAUGUUGCCUUGCAGGGGACAACGCACCAAGACCAAUGCACGGACUAGGAAAGAACACACCAAGCAAUUGGGAAAAGUACCAACCUCUCGCUGAGGUUUCUUUUGGAGCACCAGAAAGUAUUCUGGAAUCACUAGGUCUCAGGAAUGGAACAUCAUUCAGAAUGAGUUCUACUGAAUACCUUGCCCUUUGACAUUGUGGCUUUGAUUUCCUAUCUUAUGCAAUAACCAUUAUGGGAGCUGAAAAGAUCAGUCUCCUGCCAAUAUCGUUUUCGGUACUGGAUCCCGGAAUAUUGAUUCGUAGACCGAGUGACGAGCCUGUUCUGUUAAAUUGCAGUGUUUUGGUUCAUUCUCUUGCUAAUAUACAUGGCUGGCGUUUGAGUUUACAGAAGAAGCCAUUCCCUGACUUGUGCAACACUUGCAUCAUUGAACAAGCUACUCUGAGUGACGAUGAUUUUUCUUCUUUAUUCUAGGACAUCGUCUGCAUUAUUGAAUAGGU